CCACCCCGUUGUGUUGUUGUGUUCAUACAACAAACCAAUGACUACUUUAGAAUCAGCUCUCGCCGUGUUCGCACCUCAUCGUUUUUCCAAUAACUAUCGAUUCACUGCAAAACCACCCCAUUCCAUAAAGUUCCAUGGUCCCACCUCUCUCUUUUCUCUUUCCCAAAACCUACUCUUCUCUUCCAAGUCCACCUCCAAAACCCGAAAACUCUGCUUCGAGUUAUGCUCUGCUUUGCAAGAGGUAGCAGCAACACCAACAACAGAGGAAGAACCAGAGCAAACCCAACCAACAAACAACGCCAAGACGAAGCUCUACGUGUUUAACAUACCUUGGUCUCUCUCAUCGUCAGACAUCAAGGAACUCUUUGGCCAAUGCGGAACUGUAACCGACGUCGAGAUAAUAAAGAACAAAAAUGGGAAGAGCAGAGGAUUCGCCUUCGUUACUAUGGCUUCUGGGGAAGAGGCUCAGGCUGCUGUUGAUAAAUUUGACUCUCAUGAAAUAUCAGGACGGAUAAUAAGGGUAGCGCUUGCAAGGAGGUUCAAGAAACCUCCUCCUCCACGUCCUCCAGGCCCCCCUCCUGGUGAGACACGUCAUGUAAUUUAUGUAUCCAACCUUGCAUGGAAAGCAAGAUCUACCCAUCUCAGAGAACUCUUUACUGAGAAUUUUAAGACGCCAGCUACAGCCAGAGUUGUCUUCGACAGCCCUUCUGGAAGAUCUGCUGGGUAUGGAUUUGUUUCUUUUCUUACAAAGGAGGAAGCUGAGGCUGCCAUUUCUGCUAUGGAUGGGAAGGAGUUAAUGGGACGACCACUUCGCCUCAAAUUCAGUGAAAAGAAAGUUAAAGAAGCUGGAAGUGAAAACAAUGAUGAAGACCAAGUUGAUGAUGCUCAGCUGGAAGAAUCAUAAAUCCUAAUUAUUCAUUUACUGAUCUUUGGUCGUGGUAUGUGGAUUGAGAGGAAACCUCUACGAGCUGGAAUUUUGCCUCAUGUAUACAGAAUAUUGAUGGAUGGCUCUUUGCAUUCACAAAUACCUUUGAAAUGUGGGUGAAAAUUCAAGAAACUUCUCAGUUUUUCAUAUAAAUCUCUUAUCUGAAUUUUUUUCACUCCCAUUUUUAAGGGUAUUCUUCAGGGUUGAUAAAACUCUAAAAUCUUGUUAAUUAUUUAAUAGUUGCAAACCAUGUACAUUGAGACUAAUUAUGUUCAAUCCAUUAUCUUGGAACCAUAGAUAUCCAUCUUG